AUGUCUGAUACCGAAAACAGUGAUAUAGAAGACGACAAUGAUAUUGGUAUCAAUUCAGAAGAAGGAAAAGAAGUAGAAAGUGCUGCAAGCAAUGAUUUAGAAAAGGAGAUCUCACAAAAUUUCAAGUAUGCAACUUUAUGUGAAUACUUGGAUCGCAUGCAGAAGAUACCGUCUAAGAACAAAUUUGGUAAAGAAAGAGUCAUGAAAGCUUUAAUGACUAAGUGGUCCGCUGAUGCUUCAAAAUACUCAAAUGAAGUUGCCAACUUCUACCCUGUUUUGCGUAUCAUGGCAAAUUCAUUGGAUGGGAGAAAAUUUCGCAUGAAGUCGAAGCGGAUUAUAUCGAAAGUCUGUCGAGCUUUAUUUCUUCCGCCAAACACAAAGCAGGAAUUAUUACAAGCCGAUGCUAAAAGUUCUAAUCAGUCAAUUAUGAAACUUGCUGAAGAAGUUGCACAACGAAAUCCAGCUGUGGUAAAGCACGAGCUGUCUCUUUUUGAUGUCAAUGAAUCCUUAUGUAAAAUAACAGAAAAUGAAAUGAGUGAUGAAGAAUUAGAGAAACUAUUAAGAUCUUGCAAGACUACUCGUGAAGUUUAUUGGUUGUUACUAGUUUUAGUGCGCAAGAUUGAACGUGCUCUGCAUGUUACAUCUACACUUUUGGUAAACUGGGUACAUCCUAAUGGUUCUGCUUUGUAUCACUCCGGCACUAGUCUUCAUGAAAUAUGUAUUCUUGCAGCAGAAAACAAAAUCUCAAACACAUCAAGCAUACUUUUCCGUCGUUUUGAACCAAUGUUGCUUUCUAGAAUCGGACAUGGUACUGGAAAUGUGUAUGACAAACUUGUGCAUAUAUGUGGUAAAAAAUUUUAUGUCGAAAUAAAAUAUGAUGGUGAACAUUUUCUACUACACAGAGGAGAGAAUGGUAUUAUGCGAUAUUAUUCACGAGUUCAGAAUGAUUUCACUAGCACUAUAGCACCAGUUUUAGAUCACCGAAUCAAUUCUUAUUUUGCUCCUUCUGUUAAAAGUUGUAUACUUGAUACCGAGCUAUUACUUUGGGAUACUAUUGAUGAAAAAAUUGUUGGACAUAAUGCGCAAGCAUCGGACGGUCGUAUUUAUGACGUUAAAUCAUUACGGACAGAUGGAGUCGUGGAGCCAAGUGUUGCUGUAUUUGAUAUUUUAUUUUUAAAUGGACAAUCAUUGGUAGACGUGCCGUUGAAUGAAAGGCUUGUUCUUUUGCAAAGUCAGAAUAUCUUGCAAAAACAAGACAAAUCAACAAUAUUCAUAUCAGAUUUCAGGAUUGUUCAGAGCAGGGAAGAGUUUAUUUCGUUGUAUGAAAAAGCUGUAACCAAUGGUGAAGAAGGCCUGGUCGUGAAAAAAAUUAAUUCCUUGUACAAAAUGGGUAUGCGUCAGAUAAAAAAUGGAUGGUUCAAGAUAAAACCUUUUCAUCUUGGUAAUGAAACACUGGACCUUGCAAUCGUAGGCGUCGAUCUUGGUAGAAAUGGCAAAAUAAGUAAUUAUUCUGUUGCCACCCUUAGAGAGGACAAAUUCUUCAUGGUUGGCAAAGUAGGGACGGGUUUGGAUUAUGCAACGCGUAAAUUUCUCGAUAAUCGUUUAAGACGAAAUUCUGGAUUGUUAAAAUGUGAUAAAAUCCCUGAUUGGAUCCAUGCGGAUUAUAUUUCAAAUGAUUUACCAACUCAUUUUGUAAGCCAGAAUAAUAUGCAAGUUGUAGAGAUUCGAGCUAAAGGGCUACGAAAUGGUCGAUUAUAUGCUCCCACUCUAAAAAAGUACCGAGAUGACAAAUAUGUAAAGGAUAUCGAUCAGUAUGCAGAAUUUUUGGAAUUUGAUAAAAAUUUACGAGUUGAUAGCAUAGAAAAUGCCCAAAGCACAGAGCAUAUUAAGAAACGAACAAUGAUUGCAAACGAGCUUGAAAAAGAUAAUUCGAAAAAACGUCGGGUCAGGGAGAUCAAUCAGGAUUUGAAAGGGAAACAAAUAUGUGUUAUAAAUGGUACUCCUGAUGUAUCGAUCCAAGAUCUUCAAGAAAUUAUUAUUUCAUAUGGGGGCACUCAUGUAUCCAAUCCAGGUUCCAAAACGCUGCUUGUGAUAACUGGGGUACCUGAACAUGUUAAGUCAAAAUCGAUUAUUAGGAGUAAUAAAUAUAAUGUAGUUAGUGCAAAUUGGCUCUUAUCAUGCAGAAGUGCUGGGAAAGUUUUACCAGUAACAGCAGAGGAAGUUAUUCAUGUUGUUGAUAAUUCUCUCUACUCAUUGUUUGGUGAUGACGACAAUGCUGAAAUGUCUUGCAUGACAGAUCAUUCUACGUCUUAUACGGUGGCAAGCGUUAGUGCCCUACUUGAUAAAAUAAAAGUUCCCAAACGGAAGAAACCGACAGCGGCGGAGACAAAACUCCGGAAGCAAUUGUUCAGAGAUGAAAAGUUUGACCGGUUUUCAGGACAAAUAUUUUUUUUACACGACGACUUAAACAAAUUUCAAAAAAUUUACAUCCAAACAUUGUUGCGAAUGCAUGGUGCUGAUAUAUGUACAAAUGGCAAGAAUGCUACUCAUAUUCUUAUUUCCGAUAGGUAUAAUUUCCUCUUUCUUAUUGUGACAAAACCAUAA